UGGAGGCAUUCAAGCCUACCAUGGCAUCCCAAGGCUUUCAAACGAUCUCGCAACCUCACCCCGAUACCACGGCUCGAGGCGCUCAGACCAUUGAGAUCACCAAGUCUACCAUGAUGUCUCAGGGCACUCAGACCGUUGAGGUCGCUAAGCCUGCCAUGGUGUCUCAAGGCACUCAGACCAUUGAGCAGGCUCUGCGUGCUACAAUUUCUCGAGGCACCCAGACACAAUAUGCCAAGCCUGCCACAUCUCAAGCAACCCAAACUACCAAACCUACGAUGGUCUCUCAAGGAACCCAGACCGAUGAGAUUGCCAGUGUUGAGAUGAAUCCUGCCGUCAAGGGAGAGAAGGAACAGGAUUGGGAGGACUUGGAUCUCGAAGUUCCCGUUAAGGAUACGGUCGAGGAUGAUGAUUGGGAGAUUUUAGAUGUUUAGGUGAUGCAUGAUGCACGGAUGGGGCUUGGGUGGGAUAAUGGAUUGCAUUUGGG